UGGAUAUAAACAUCUGAGAAAAAGACUGCUCCUUUUCUCUCUCUUUGACAAGAAAGCUUCGAUCUUUUUUUUUUUUUUUCUUUUGAUUUUUGUUGGGUGGUGUCUCUAUCUUUGUUGGGUUUCAUCUCUCUUGCAGAAGAAAAUUGAGUUUGAUAAAGAUGAUGAGAAUGGUUUGAAGAACAAGAGUCGAUCAUCAUCAUCAUCAUCAUCUUCGUAAUCAUAAUCAUAAUCAUAAUCAUAAUCAUCUUCUUUGCAUGGCGAGUCAUAGAGUUGGACAGACGACUGGUUUAUCAGACUCGGGACCCUCGAAUCACCAUAUCCCAUAUGGAGUUUUUCAUACUACUCCUUCAACCAGCUUCAUCAAUCAAGAUGGAUCAGCUUUUGAUUUUGGGGAGCUGGAACAAGCAAUCGCUCUGCAAGGAGUUAAGAUAGGAAAUGAUGAAGCCAAAGCACCUUUAUUCACAACAGGCAGGCCUGCAGCGACUCUGGAAAUGUUCCCUUCAUGGCCAAUGAGAUAUCAGCAAACCCCAAGAGGAAGUUCAAAGUCAGGAGGUGAGAGUACUGAUUCAGGGUCAGGGGUAAACACUCUUUCAUCAAGCAAAGCUGAUCAAAGCCAGUUGGAACCAGAAUCACCUCUCAGUAAUAAUAACAACAACAACAACAAUAAUAAUAUUAAUAAUAAUAUUAUUAUUAAUAAUACUAAAAAGCCAUCUUCUUCUGAUCAUCAUCACCACCAAAACCAAGCUAGUUUUGAUUAUCAGAGUCAUCAUCAUCAUCAUCAUCUACAGCAGCAACCAGAUAUGGCCAGUGAUAACUCAAAACUUCAGUCAGCUAAUUCCAAACAACCACAAGAAAAGAGAAAGGGAGCUGGUUCAACUUCAGAGAAACCACUGGACGCCAAGACUUUGAGACGCUUAGCUCAAAAUAGAGAAGCUGCAAGGAAAAGCCGUCUGAGAAAGAAGGCUUAUGUACAACAACUAGAGUCAAGUAGAAUAAAGCUUACUCAGCUUGAACAAGACCUUCAAAGAGCUCGAGCACAGGGAUUAUUUUUGGGUGCUUGCGGUGGUGCUUCUGGCAAUAUUAGCCCUGGUGCUGCAAUAUUUGACAUGGAGUAUGGAAGGUGGCUAGAAGAUGACCAACGCCACAUGACGGAGCUUCGGACGGGCCUUCAGGCGCAUUUGCCUGAAGGCGACCUGCGCAUGAUCAUCGACGGUUACGUCUCCCACUACGACGAGAUCUUCCGACUUAAGGCGGUGGCCGCCAAGUCGGACGUGUUCCACCUCAUCACCGGAAUGUGGGCCACCCCAGCUGAGCGUUGCUUCCUUUGGAUGGGUGGUUUUAGACCCUCAGACCUAAUUAAGAUGUUAAUAGCACAGUUAGACCCACUGACAGAUCAACAGCUGAUGGGGAUAUACAGUCUCCAACAGUCGUCGCAGCAGGCGGAGGAGGCUCUGUCGCAGGGGCUGGAGCAGCUGCAGCAGUCCCUCGUCGACACCAUCGCCGGCAGCCCUGUCCUCGUCGACAGCAUGCAGCAGAUGGCCGUUGCCCUAGGCAAGCUUUCCAACCUCGAAGGCUUUGUUCGUCAGGCAGAUAAUUUGAGGCAGCAAACUCUUCACCAGUUGAGGAGAACCCUAACAGUUCGACAGGCAGCUCGAUGUUUUCUAGUGAUUGGAGAGUACUAUGGUCGUUUAAGGGCUCUUAGCUCUCUUUGGGCAUCUCGACCAAGAGAGAGCAUGGUGAAUGAUGAUACGACGUCGUGCCAAACAACAACAGAUUUGCAAAUGGUUCAUCAACAACAACACCAACACCAACACCAUCAACUACACCCUCAGAAUCAUCAUUUCUCUUCCUUUUGAUCAUUUCAGAUUAUAUUAUUAUUAAUAAUAAUUUAGAAAUAAUAUAUAUUUAUAUUUAUAUAUAUAAAUAUAUAUUAAUUAAAUCCUACUUAGCCAGCAGGGGAGAGAGGGCUCUCUCUUUGCUUUCAUUGGCUUUUGUUGGAUUUUUUCUUCAUGUUCAGGGAAGAUAAUUAGGAUAUAUAUAUAAAUAUUUAUAUAUAUAGUUUUUUUUUUUUUAAAUUCCUUCCUCUCUUUAUGUCUUUGUUAAUUAAUUUAUAUAUAUAUAUGUCACUAUGUUUAUCCUUUGUAAAUGUA